GCGGCGGGCGCGCGGGGUUGGUGGUCGUGUCAGCGCUGAGCCCAGCGUGGCGGCGGCGGCGGCGGGAGGGAGGAGGAGGAGAUGGCGGCCGCCGCGGAGCUGCAGGGGAAAUACCAGAAGCUGGCUCAGGAGUACUCCAAGCUUCGAGCUCAGAACCAAGUACUGAAAAAAGGGGUUGUAGAUGAGCAAGCAAACUCUGCAUCUCUGAAGGAGCAACUGAAAAUGAAGGAUCAAUCCCUGAGAAAACUCCAACAAGAAAUGGACAGCUUGACCUUCCGAAAUCAGCAGCUUGCCAAGCGGGUGGAGUUACUUCAAGAUGAGCUUGCCUUAAGUGAAGCUAAGGGCAAGAAGAACAAGAAAAGUGCAGAAUCCUCAUCUCAGUUGAGUCAAGAGCAGAAAAGUGUCUUCAAUGAAGAUCUUCAGAAGAAGAUAGAAGAAAAUGAGCGAUUACAUAUACUUUAUUUUGAAGCAGAUGAGCAGCACAAACGUUUAGAAGCAGAGCUGAGAACUAGACUUGACGUUUUGGAAACUGAUGCUGCCCAGCAUCAAGCUGUGGUGGACAGCUUAACGAAGAAGUACACGGAUACCAUAGAAAAGCUGCAGAAUGAUAAAGCCAAGUUAGAAAUCAAGUCUCAGACACUAGAAAGAGAAGCUAAGGACUGUAGGCAUCGAACUGAAGAAUGCCAGCAACAGUUAAAGAAUCUUCAAGCAGCUUUGGGCAGUAGACUGGAAGAAUCUCUAUGCAUAAUCAAUGAGAAAGUACCUUUUAAUGACACAAGAUCUAAUCGAUACAAUGCUCUGAAUGUACCAUUACACAACAGAAGAUAUCAGCUGAAGCUGCGAGACCUUGCUGGCCAGGCACUGGCUUUUGUUCAGGAACUCGUAACAGCUCUUCUGAACUUCCAUACAUACACUGAGCAGAAGGUACAGAUCUUUCCCAUUGAUUCUGCAACGGACACUAUAUCACCAUUAAAUCAGAAGUUCUCACAGUACCUUCAUGAAAACGCUUCGUACGUUCGCCCUCUGGAGGAAGGAAUGCUGCACUUGUUUGAGAGUAUUACAGAAGAUACUGUGACAGUCCUGGAAACAGCUGUGAAAUUGAAGGUCUUCUCAGAACAUUUAGCUUCAUAUUUAUGCUUUUUAAGAAAGAUUCUUCCUUAUCAGUUAAAAAGUUUGGAAGAAGAGUGUGAGUCUUCUCUUUGCACAGCUGCUUUAAGAGCUAGAAAUAUGGAGCUACAGAGAGACAUGAAAAGGUUGACUGCAGUCUUUGAGAAGCUACAUACAUACAUUAGUCUUCUUGCCUUACCAAGUACAAAACCAGAAGGACUUCUUAGGACUAAUUACAACUUGGUGUUUACAAACAUUGCUACAAGUCUUCAUGGAUUUCAUGACAUUUUAAAGGAUAUUUCCAAGCACUACAGUCAGAAGGCUACUUUAGAACAAGAUAUUCCAACUGCCACACAGAAACUCAUAACUACAAAUGACUGUAUUUUAUCCUCUGUUGUGGCUUUAACAAAUGGAGUGAGCAAGAUUGCUUCAUUCUUUAGCAACAACUUGGAUCACUUCACUACUUCCUUGAGCUGUGGCCCCAAAGGAGGAACAGAGUUCAUCAGCCCUCUUUCAGCUGAGUGUAUGCUGCAGUAUAAGAAAAAAGCAGUUGCCUACAUGAAGUCUUUGAAGAAGCCUUGUUCAGAUUCGGUGCCUUAUGAAGAGGCUUUAGCCAAUCGCAGAGUUCUUCUGAGUUCCACAGAAAGUAGAGAAGGUCUUGCACAACAGGUCCAGCAGAGUUUGGAGAAAAUUGCAAAACUUGAACAAGAAAAAGAACACUGGAUGUUGGAAGCCCAGCUAGCUAAAAUAAAGCUAGAGAAAGAAAACCAAAAGCUGAAGAACUCUCUUAGUGGACAUUUAACUGAAACUAUUCAAGAGCGUUCUGUUUUGCCAAACAUAUCUGAACAAGAGAAGGAAGACACAGAAAAGAGUCCAAGGGAACCUAUUGAGAGUACUAGUCUGAUUGGAAUGUUGACUGUAACUACUGAUAAUGAAAAGGCUCCAGAUGUUGAGUCUCGUGAAGACCUGAUAAAAACCCACUAUAUGGCAAGGAUAGCAGAACUUACAUCUCAUCUGCAGCUUGCUGACAGCAAAUCAGUACACUUUCAUGCUGAGUGUCGAGCACUUGCCAAAAGACUGUCUUUAGCCGAGAAGUCCAAGGAAUCCCUCACAGAAGAGUUGAAACUAGCCAGUCAAAACAUCAGUAGGUUACAGGAUGAAUUGAUGACAACAAAGAGAAGUUAUGAGGAUCAGUUAAGUAUGAUGAGUGACCACCUCUGCAGUAUGAAUGAAACCUUAACUAAGCAAAGGGAAGAAAUUGAUACACUAAAGAUGGCUAGUAAGGGAAAUUCUAAAAAGAACAAAAAUCGAUAGCUUACAGCUAAUCAAGGGUCGUCAGAAGCUGCUGCUGCUGCUGCACAGGAUGCAGAUAGAGAACCUUCAUUGUCCAAUUCCUGUUUGUUCCAGGAUGCAGAGGGUCCUAUUGAGUCUAGCAAAAACUGCCUUGGUGCUGUAAAUGGCUUUAAAAUAAUUAGAACUUGUAACAGGUAAAACAGAACUUAGAUGUUGGCUCUCAAUGAGGAAAUACACACUCUGUGGAUAAUUUAUAUAGUGAUGACCUUCAGUUUUUACUGUGCACUUUUUACAACUGGGUUUUAAUUUCAUGUAAUAACCUCAGAUUUUGUAUAUUUUCAAAUACGAUUAUGCAUUAACAAAUUUGGAUCUGUGCAGUAGUUGUCCAUUUCUGAGUUGUACAUUAAAUUGUCAACAUGUGUACAUUCCUUUCCUUGUUAAAAACAGUUAAACUAGUUUCCAGCCUUUAUUGGGUCAUGCAAGCUGUGCAGUUACUCUAAGUGUGUUAUUCCUCUUCUCAACCUUUUUGAAUUAAUUGGAAUUGUGGCUUUAAAUGACUUCUAUAAAUUCACAAAGGUAAAUGGGAUAGUUAUUUCAGACCGCUAUAGUGGAAACUUUCGCUGCUUGUAUUUGGCACUUUGGAUUUUGAAGAGCACAAAUAGCUGAAUUGGGAUACUUCUAUGAAAUUGAUUUAAGCCCUUACUUAGGCAUUUUGUUUACACAUAUAUGUAUAUAUAUUGGCUGAAAUAGUUUAAAGCUAGAGGAAGUUGUGAUCAUAAUUUGCCCCAAAACAGUGAAACAAUAUGUGUGUAGAAUAGGUCAGUUUACUGUGCUCUCGUAUAGUAAAGAAGAAUACGAAAUAUAUACAAGAUAUAAACAAUGGAUUUGCAAAAAGUCUUCAUGGAAUUUCAGUCCUGGUGGAUUUACUGGGGGAAUACACAGGGCUUUUUCUGAGUUUUGGGAAGAUUGUUAACCUUAGACCCCUCUUUUUUUUUUGUUUUUUUUCCAAAGUUAAGCCUAAUACCACAAGUUUUCACAGCUUUGAUUUAUUUUAUCUUUAAUCAGAUGCUGUGUGGCUCCACGCUUUACAUUGAUCUUCUGUUCCAUAAUUUGCAUUAUGGCACUUACUUGUCCCAUAAGGGUUUAUUCUGGUAUCAGCUGUGUCAAUAUGUAUUAUCAGUAUGUAAUAAUAAAAUCAACUACAUGAAACUAGCUUAAUUUUUUUUUUUUCUUAAUUCUACCCAGGUUGCAUAGUGUGGUAUUGUGGUGAGGUGUUAACAGCUAUUUACAGUGAGAUGAGCUUGAGUAAUUAGACCUGUUUCAUUACUCUUAGUAGUGCUUCUCUUCAAGACAGGCUGCAUUUCUGUACCUACUGCUGUAGAGUGCAAAGUACACCAAGUCCUUGUUGGCAUUUCUCACACUCUUACCUACUCAAAGGUAAACAAACACCUGAUCUGUAAUGAUUGCAGCUGUGGAUCUGUUAUGAUAGAGCUUUCCUUUUAAUGAGAAGAUGGAUGUGGUCAUGAAACUGGAGAAGAGAUGGGGGCAGCUUACAUGGUUUCCAACUAGGAACAUGUUGAAUUAAGAACUACAUGGUGGUGCUAAUGAAGGUUGAGAAGUGUUUACUUUCUCUCUAACCAUUUCAUUGAAGCAGAUGCAGCUUCAGCUGUUUCAGUUAGGGUUGGAAGCUUCUUUCCAAUUCUUUUGAAAUUGCCUUUUCUGAGGACCUUCAUCUUGCAGUAGAGGUGCAUAUUCAGAUACUUUAAUUCUCUGAACCAAACUGCUGAACUUGCUACUGAUGCUCUUUCCCAUGAGUGGCUGUGUUCAGAAAAAGAUUUUGCUCUAUGCCAUUUUAGACAGGCUUUGGAGACUGAGCAUUUUAAAAAAAGUGCAUUAAAAAAAUUCAGUGUGUCUCAAACUGAUUUUACAACAGGGUGCACCCCCAACAUCAAAACUGAAAUUAAUCUAGAAUGUAUAGAUAUUUCGGUAUAAUUCCAAUGUACAUUAGUUUAUGAGCACUUUUUACCUCACAGUAUCUAUUUGGAAAUGUAUUUGGAUGUCCUCCUCACCAAUCGGCAGUAAAUGUGCUUGGAAAGAGAUUGUUAGGAUCACUCAGGCUGCCAUCGGAUUUUCAAGGAAAUGUUUUCAAGUAAGUUCCAGACAAUUGUAAACUAUCAAUACAUAAAAAUAGAAUAUCAGAAAAAGAUGUAAAACAGUAUUUGGGUACUGCUGUAGAAUGCUGUGCAAGGGCAGAGUAUGUUUACCUUAGUAGCGUUAGAAAAGAGCAAGCGGAAAUGCCCAGCUGGCUUGUGCUUAUCCGCUGACUAAGGGAUUCUGAAUUGCUUUCUGCACAUCUCAGAUGCUCUUAAAUAUCUAAGUUGGUACUGAACAACGCUCUGCUGUUAAAAAGCUUAAGACUGUCUUCAACAGAGCAGCAAAGAAUUCAUCUUUGAGACCAAGUUUUCCAGACACAAAUUUGAACAACUUUGUUUAUAGGAAAUGCUCUGUGUGAACUGUUACAGAAUACACAAAACUUGGGCAAAAAAAUUGCACUAAUACUGGAAUUAAUGUCAAAAAAUUUACAGUGUGAAUACUUACUUCCUAGUUGGCUAAUCAGGAAACUAAUGAUAAACUGUUGUAAAGUAGGAAAAUCUUUAGAGCAAUACAAUGUAAAACCAGGGUUAAAGAAAAGUCCUACUGCUAGUUAGUUUUUCGUAAUGGAAAAUUCAUUAAACUGUCACAUCAAAUACAAGGUUUUUUAAGCCUUUUUGGAGUGCUUAAUUUCUUCAUAAUGUUUGGCACUUAUUCAUGAAUAACGAACCAAAUCAGCAACAAUGUUUCCUAAUAAUGAUUUUAGUAACUGCAUCUUCAAAGGUUCUCUCUCAACUUUGCUUUAAACCCAUGUUAACACUUCAAAGAUUUCAGAACGUCUAGUGAGCAUAGAUUCUGAACAAACAUCCCCAAUAACUAUUCUGUGUGUUCAAAAUAAAUAUUUGCUGUAACCAAGGAUGAAUUUAACUUCAGGAUUGCUCCCAUUAAGAACUACUGCUUCACAAAUUUUGAAGGUACCCAAGAAGCACCAAACACAUUGACUGGUUUAAAAGGCUUUAAGCUUUUCUAGGUCAGAGGUUUCCCUGCCCGGAGGAUUAACUUUGAAAAGAGGAGUCAGACUGAGAUGGUCAUAAGCUGCUCAAGGGCAUUAUCUCACUGCUGUUUAAAUAAUAAUGUCAGAAUUUUAAAUUGUUACAUACAUAACUAUACCUCUGUGGUUUAAACAUUGAUUGUCUUUAAGUGUUGAUUUUAAAAUGAUGGUUUGUGAUGUCUUUUGCUAAUUCCUUCAGAUUUGUUCUUAAGCAGCUCUCAACAUUUGAAUAGUAGUGGUGCCAGGAUCUAUACAGUGGACACGAUCUAGUAGUGCUGCAGCAGCAUCAGUAUUGGGACUGAAACACUUGGCUUUCCCAUCCUUGUUGAAGUGCAUUGACUAUUCAUACAGGGUAUUUUACCUUCGUACCAAGCCAGCUUCAUUUCUAAUAUGUACUUAUAAUCCUGUGUUCUUUCUACUUUUUCUUCUCUCACUGGGAGGUGAGUCGAGUUUUUGGUGAGGAAAGGCACAGCACACUUCCUUGAUGCUGACUUUGGGCACAGCUGGGGUCUGUCACAGCUCAGUGGUGCUCACUACAACUCCCAAGAACAGAUUUGCUCAGACACUCAAGGCAUCAGUUGCAGACAGGAAAGGAAAGAAAGUUUUUAUCUACAUAUCACCUAAAUAUCCACAUAUGACCUAGAGAUAAGAAAAGUUAUUUACUGGCUUGGUUUAAUAAUGUGAAUGUAAUUGGUUGGUUGGUUGGUUUGGUGUUUUUAAUACAAAUUCAAAGAUACAUUAAAUUUUGGAGAACUAUCUGUCCCUGCAAAAUAGUCACAUCUAUUGUUCUUUAAUACUGUAUGUAUGUAAGGUAAUUUGAGAGCAACAUCUUAGCAACAGCAGAGUCAUCAUAAAAAUAAAGCUUAAUUCAGUAAAAAAUUGUAGUUGCUACCUGAGGUCUGGUUACUUCCUCCCACAGUGGCCGG